UGGCUGCUGCUGGCCAAGUACGAGAGCCAGGGUGGGCCAGAUCUCAGCAGAGGCCUCUCGGCCAGCACCUUCCAAGUCCUGCUUCCCUCGGACUCCUCCACGCUGCUGCUGCACCCAGUGGUGGCCCGAGAGCUGCUUCUGCCUUGCAGCUUUCCUCUCCUCCCUGCUGACCCCCCAGAAGCAGCGCUUGCUAAAAUGGAGGGCAUCCUCAGCAGCUUGGAGCUGGAGGCAAGCUACGAUCCCCUGCAGGCGACCAGUCAUCUGUACCAGGCCCUGAAGAGGCACCUUGGUCACUUGCCUGCCUCCCGGGCUCAGCGCUGGGCACCAAGGCAGUGGCCCUGCCAGCAGGGGGGUCGCAUGCAUCCCAGCAAGGCCAGGGCCACAGUGGCUCCGCUGCAGGUGGCCCUCCCCCUUUUUCCAAGCAAAGGAAAGGAGAACCCAGAGUCCACGCAGCACCCUUCAUCCACGGGUCUCGGCAGCGGAGGGAGCAUCCCGCCUUGCUCCAAGCCACAGGGAAAGCGUGGCCGAGGGCUGGUGCCCAUCUUCUGCUGA